UGUGAAAACUGUGGUACGACGAAGACGACGGCCUGGAGGAGGUCUGAGUCGAAGGAGUUGUUGUGCAAUGCUUGCGGUUGCUACUACAAACUACACAAGGUUCACAGACCACUGCACAUGGCCCACAACGAAAUUCGAAGUAGGACCCGGCGGGUCAAUCGAUCCAUGGCACUGACGUCAUCGGCGAUGAUGUCAUCGUUGGAUGCAGGCAACCUUCUCCACGACAACGGACAGCAGCUGAUUGGUGAACAUUUGCCUGGCGGCAACCAGCAAAUCGUUACUUCAUAA